AUGGGUCAUCACCACCAUAUUGUUCUCCCAGAUAAACCUGAUCAUGGUCUCCUACUUGCCAAUCGGCGAACCGAAAGCACAUUCGAGGAGAUUCCAGUCAUCGACAUUCAAGAUGCCAAAAGUGCAGACCCCACGCUGAGACGGCAGCUAGCUUAUCGCAUUCGGGACGCCUGCGUUAAUGUCGGAUUCUUUUACGUGAAGAACCACGGUAUUCCUGAGGAGGAUAUUGCUAAUACUAUCAAAGCCGCCAAACAAUUCUUUGCCCUUCCAGAAUCUACGAAGAUGGGUCUCGAUAUCCACAAGUCACCGAACUAUAAAGGCUACACCGCUCUUCUAGGCGAAAAUACUGACGUAUCAGGACUUGGCGACCUUCAUGAAGGUUUCGAUAUUGGAUGGGAGCCUCGUUAUUUUGCGGAACAUAUGAAUUCACCGGCGAGAAGCGAUGGCGCCAUGACGGGAGCGAAUGUAUGGCCAGAAGACCUGCCGGGUUUUAAAGAAGCGGUCCUCAAUUACUAUCAUUUAGCUCUCAUACUGGGCCAAUCGUUGUUCCCUCUUUUUGCCCUAGCUCUCGAUCUACCGGAAAAUUACUUCGAUGACAAGACGACCAAGCCGGCUGCUAUCAUGCGACUUCUACACUACCCGCCACAGAAUCCAAUUCCCGUUGAGACUUACAGUCGCCAAAUCGGAAUAGGAGCGCACACUGACUACGAAUGCUUUACAAUCCUCUGGCAAGAUCCUGCUGGUGGGUUACAGGUUCAAAACACUUCCGGUAAGUGGGUGGACGCAGUGCCCAUACCGGGAACUCUUGUCGUGAAUCUCGGAGAUCAAUUUGCCCGCUGGACCAACGAUAUCUUUAAGUCGACCUUGCAUCGCGUAGUUAACCGCUCUGGGGUACAACGGUAUUCCAUUCCUCUUUUUUUCGGGACGGAUUAUCAAGUGCUUCUCGAGCCUAUACCCACAUGCGUGUCCCCUGGCUCCCCUGCCAAGUAUGAAGUUAUUACUGCAGGAGAGUAUGUCAAAUCGAGACUCGAGGCUACUUAUGCCCACUCGUCCAAAGAGUGA